AUGUCGCCGUCCCGGACGUCGUCGCCGCCGCCUCCGCCGCCCCCAUCGCCGUCGCCAUCGGCGUCCCCCUUCCUCCCGCCGCCGCCCGCGCGGAACCGCAAGGGAAUCAGCCUGCCCGACCUGGCGGACCUGGCCGGCGCGCAGCUGUUCACGGCGCGGCCGGGCGAGGACCCCGUGAGCGUGCGCAUGCCGGCGCUCGUCUUCUCGUCGGCCUUCGAGGCGUACACGCCCAACCGCAUGGCGCUGAUCGGGCGCUGCCUGCUGCGCGCGCAGCAGCGGGCGCUGGUGUCGCUGCGCUUCUCGCUCUCCAACGCGGCGGCGCGCUUCCGCGUGCGCGGGGACGGCAAGGGCAGCCUGGUGCUGCCGGCGGUGGUGCUGGUGCCGCAGUGCAUCGUGGCCGCGAGCGCCGAGGGCGAGGCCGCGGGCGGGGGCGCGGGCGUGGGCGCGGGCGACGCGGAGGCGGGGACGCUGUGGGAGACGUUCGCCGUGGAGGCGCACGUGCUGGGCGACAGCUGGCCGCUGACGGACGCCGAGUGGCGGCGCGUGGAGGACAAAUACGAGCGUCAAAAAAAGCGUUAUCAUUUGCGCGCUUCUCUGGGUGGUGCUAUGAGCACUGUCUGGAACGCACUUAGUAUCCUCAAGCGCCAUCAUUCUCCAAUUGAUAGCGUGACAAGCGACACUGAAUACAUUGUUUCCAACUGCAUUGUGGCAUUAUAUUCAAGCCGAACGCGUCUGCGGAGCUUGAGCGGCGGGUUGGGCACGAACCCCAUCGAGACCUCGUCCCAAGCCACGCGGACCCCUCAGACACCGCAAACCCCGUUCACCCCACACACGUCUCAGACGCCCAACACACCUCAGACGCCACAUACGCCUCAGACCCCACACACCUCCCACACCGCGCACUCGCCGUUCACCCCGUGCACGCCCUGCUCGCGCGAUUCGGACACGACGCUGGGCGCGCCCGGCGGGGAGUGCGGCGAGACGGUCGCAGAGAGCAGCACCUUCGGCUUGGGCUCGCGCGCCAUCUCUCGGCUGGCCUCGCGAAGCAGCUUGUCGCGCGACGCGCUGGGGCCGCCGCCGCCCGCACCCUGGUGGCGGCUGCAGCUGGCGGCGGACCCCGCGGACCGCGUCGAGGCCGCGAGCCACGUGCGCGACGAGCAGGAGCGGCGGCAGCCGGGGCGCGGCGUCGCGGCGCGCGAGGUGCGCUCGGCCUUCCUGCGCCGCCUGGACGACUGGGACGACCCCUACGCCCGCGCGCGCGCGCCGUCGCCUUCGGCCUCGCCCUCGCUGGGCGCGGCCGCGCGCCGGGCUCCGUCGCUGCACCCGCCCAGGGACAGCGCGCUGGGCCGCCCCGCGCGCGCGCGCGCCCUCCACCAGAAGCUCUCGCAGGCAAGCCCCGCCACGCCACGCCACGCCACGUCCCGCCAUGGCCAACGCCACGCACGCCACGCCACGCCCACGCCACGCCACCGGCCACGCCACGCCACGCCACGCCACGCCACGCACGCCACGCCACGCCACGCCCACGCACGCUUCGAUGAGCAUGCGGCCGGUCGAGAAGACGAAAUGGGCGGAGGGCGACCGAAAGGGCAGCGGGGCGGGGCGCAGGAGAUCUGCGAGUGCUCGCAAGGUCGAUUCGCCUCUCGACGGGGAGAAAAGGAAAGAAAGCCCGCACAAAGGCGAUCUGCGCGUGAUCGAACCUGACACCUUUAUGACCAUCUUCAAACGACCCGAUCUUGCGAAAAAAGGAUCCAAUAUAUCGGUUACGUCGGUUCCCAUUCGUCAGCCCAAGAGAAGAAGAAAAAAAUCAUUGCGCCCUAAACGAACUAGGGUAUGAACUACCUGCGCCCAUCUGAGUCCUUUGAUUGUAACUAUAAUUAUAAGUAUCAGAUUAGAUAUGUAAAGUUCACAGCCUUGAUCCUUGAAUAUCACAAACAAAUAAAAUUGUGUU